AUGAUCACAACAGAAAUCGAAAUCAAUGCCUCACCAGAGACUGUCCGAAGAGUGCUCCUCGAUUUUUCUAAUAUCAGUAAAUGGCAUACCGGAUUUGUGAAGAGUAUUACACCUUUAGACACCAGUAAUCCUCUUGCCGUCGGCAAAAAACUUCACUGCGUUAUGAAAGAUUUCGAAUUCGAGUCAAUUAUUACUAAAAACUCUCCAAACAAGUUUGCAUGGCAAGGACCACCUGUUAUGACUGUCUCCGGUCUCCAUUCUUUCCUUAUUGAACCGAGUAAGAGUAACCCUGGAGGCACGAUAUUCACACAGACGGAAGAGUACUCUGGAGGUGUUUCGUUCUUGAUGCAGCCUUGGCUCCUGGGAAAACCUAUCAAAGGCCAAUUUGAGGAAUUUAAUACGGAUCUGAAGAAGAAGUGUGAGAGUCCUUGA